GAGAGAGAGAAGCGAACUCGAGUAUUUUUCACUUCAGCAAUAGCAGAAAACUAAAUCGAAGCUCUCUCAGAACAUAGGAAUUCGGACUCCGAAAUCUUCCAUUAGUUGCCUUUUGCACCUUCAAGUUACAACCUUUUGAAAAGAAAAAAAAAAAAAGUAAAGACAGGCUUGAGGAAAAUGGUGCCGCAGCAGAUUAAGAAGGCUAUCACAGACAAUCCUAAGAAGCUUGCUAAUUUAAUUGAUCUUGUAAAUCUUCCUUCAACACUUAGAGAGUUUGUGGGUCAGUCUCAAAUUUCUCGUUUGGGCUGUUUCAUGCGUGUCUGGUCCUACAUCAAGACCAAUAAUCUCCAGGAUCCAAACAACAAGAAUGUAGUCAACUGUGAUGAAAAGUUGAAGAGUAUUUUGUUGGGCAAGCCUCAGGUUGAUCUAGCUGAACUACCGGCAUUGAUCAGACUACAUUUUCCCAAAGAGCCAAAAGUGAUUGAACAAUUGGCUAUUGGCCAUGUAAUGAUCGGCAAUGUGGAAAAGUACUUACCAAAAGAACUUGGAUUCUGAAUUAUUUGUGAGAGAAUAUCGUAGGGGUUUGAAAACAUCAGUUUGAUCCCAGCAAGCUUCUUAUUCAGAUCAGUGACCAUUCCAUUCAGCUUCUCAUUGAAAUCCUUGGCCACGCUAUUGUAUUCUUCAAUGCAAUCACUUCCAAAAAAUAUAUUUGUGGUUCUUUCCAAAGGCAAACACCCCAUGGGAGGAAGCCCACCUAGAGCUAUCUUUUGAGCUCCAAGAAGAUGAAGGUCUGUGACAAAAUUUCUAGCAAUUUGCACAAGAAAAUUCUGGUAUUCCAUAACAGAAAACUGAGAUGAUCUGCCUGGAAAUAUAUAAUAGUUCUCUAGGAAGUCAUUUGUUCCUAUGCUUAUCAGGUAAAGUGCUUCCCCUAGUACUUCAUUAGCUUUCUCCUUUCCUAGAUAGCCUCUGAGCUUCUUCUGGUAUUCUUUGUAGAACUCCAAUUCCUUCCAAAGAGGUAUUACUGACUGCAAGUCCAAUGAGAAAGAAUAAAAUAAGCCCAUGCUGGAGCACUCAUAAUUCCCUGAAUUUUUUUUUACUAGAAAUGUAUUAAUUCCGCAAAAACAUCUAGAAAUUCAUUCAAAAUGUGCUUUUCAUAUGCUUUGGUGAAUAAAAAGUUCUGCUUAUUUCUAGUAUCA